CAUUUGAGAUGCAACCGAUGACUAGUACGCGGCCUGCUUUCAACGCGUCUGCUGUGAAAUAAAUGACCCAUGAAAACCCAGGACUUUUUUAUAUCACUCUCUUUCUUGCGGAACUCGGUGCGCGAGGCUUAUCUUCGCUGUCAUCCUCCAAUUCUUUGAACCCUUCAGCCAGAUCGACCCCAGAUAAGUUUCAAGGCUGCGCUCUCUGCACCGAAUUUAUGGGCAGAGCCUCUUGUGCUGGAUCGGUCCAAAGUAAUGAUACGGUCUGCGGUCUCCUCAUUGGAGUCCUGACCAGAGCAGGGGAACAGGCCAUGAGAACAAGCAGUGCUGAGUAGCUGCCAGCCUCCAUAGAAUCUGCUUUGGGGGGGAAAGGCCGGAUGAUCAUCUCACAUAGUCCGAUUGGAAUUCCAAUACCAUGGCGGAUGCU